AUCAGUGAUCGUCUGUGAGUUGUUUACCAUUUCUGUUUCCUUCAGGAUGUUCUGAAAUAUUAUGCUUGGUUGUUUAAUUUUUUCACAUGGAAUAGUGCAUUGUCAGAUAUCAACUGUUAACUUUUAGGUUACAUCAUACCGUCCAUCAUGUUGGUACCCAUAUUUACACUGAAACUGAACCACAAGAUAAACCCACGUAUGGUGGCACUGGGUAAAUUUGAUGGGCAGCAUCCAUGUUUAACAUGUGCCACAACAGCUGGGAAGGUAUUUGUUCACAACCCUCAUACACGUGGUGCAAGAGGAGGACGUGCUGUAGAUGAUGGUGCAAUUGAUACAGAUAUCAGUUUAUUGAAUAUUAACCAAGCUGUAAGUGCUGUAGAAGCUGGGCCGUUAAGUGUGGAUGCUGUUAAUGAUACAUUGAUGGUUGGCACACAAACAAAUCUAUUGGCAUAUGAUGUGCAAAAUAAUACAGAUUUGUUUUAUAAAGAUAUACCAGAUGGUGUGAAUGCUAUUAUAAUGGGUCAGUUGGGUAAUAUUGAUGCCCCAUUAGCUAUUGUAGGUGGUAAUUGCGCUCUACAAGGAUUUGACAUUGAAGGAAAUGAUCUUUUCUGGACUGUUACUGGUGACAAUGUUUGCUCAUUAACAUUAUGUGAUUUUACUGGUGAUGGCAAGAAAGAACUGGUGGUGGGAUCUGAGGAUUAUGACAUCCGAGUCUUUCAAGAAGAUGAAAUAAUUGCUGAGAUGACUGAAACUGAGGCCAUAACAUCACUGUGUGCAAUGGAGAACAGCAGGUUUGGGUACUCCUUAGCCAAUGGUACUGUGGGUGUAUAUGAUAGAACUUCAAGGUACUGGAGAAUUAAGUCUAAAAACCAUGCAAUUGUUAUAAAAAGUUUUGAUUUAGAUGCUGAUGGAGUUCCUGAACUUAUAACUGGAUGGAGCAAUGGAAAGAUUGAUGCUAGGAGUGAUAGAACUGGUGAAGUGGUCUUUAAAGAUAAUUUCUCAGUAUCAUUAGCUGGAAUUGUAGAAGGUGAUUAUCGUAUGGACGGAAAAGAAGAACUUAUUUGCUGUUCCAUUGAUGGAGAAGUUCGUGGAUACUUACCUGCCAGUAAGGACAUGAAAGGCAAUCUAAUGAACACCAAUGUAGAACAAGAUACAAUUAGAGAUUUGAGUCAAAGGAAACAAAAUCUACUACUAGAAUUGAAAAAUUAUGAAGAAAAUGCACGGGCUGGCCAACAAGGAAAUCAACCCAAAGACUUUGAUUCUCAAGAUAUGGGUAUAAUUCCUGCCAAUACUCAACUGCAGACUUCAUUGGCAGUAAACCCUGGAACUGAUGGUAAACAGCCACAUGUUGAGUUAUGUGUAUCCACUACCAAUGAUACUGUAUUAAAAGCUGUCCUUAUAUUUGCUGAAGGUAUCUUUGAAGGGGAAAGCCAUGUUGUUCAUCCAAAUAUCAAUAACUUAACUAACUGUCUCAAGGUGCCCAUCACUCCACCAAAAGAUGUCCAAGUGGAUUUACAUAUAAAAGCAUUUGUAGGAUACAAAUCAAGUAGUCAAUAUCAUGUGUUUGAGUUAACACGGCAGUUGCCCCGAUUCUCUAUGUAUAUACCGUGUAAUGAUCAAGUGGCAGAACCCAAGAGUUCAGUAGCAUUUACAAUCAAUGAACGUGUACAACGAGUUGUGAUGUGGAUCAACCAAAAUUUCUUACUACCUGAGGAUCUGGCAUGUGAAGGUUCUUUAAAUGCUGGCUUCAUGUCACUAAGGGGAUCUGGACCCAUGUUUGUCAAAAUGGAAACCAAUGGACAGGUUAUAUUAAAGACUGAUGACAUGGACUUGGCUGGUGAUAUCAUUCAAGCCUUGGCUAGUUUUUUGGGUAUUGAAGAUUUACAAGUCACAGCUGAUUUUCCAAUGCAUAUGGAAGAACUGAAGAACAUCCUUGUAAAGGUUGAUGAAUACCAUUCUGUACGACAGAAAUUAACAGCUGAGAUGGCAGAUCAUUCUAAUCUUAUACGUAGUUUAGUUGUCAGAGCUGAAGAUGCCAGACUAAUGUCAGACAUGAAAAACAUGAGAAAAGGAUAUAUGGAGCUGUAUGACUUGAACAGAGAUCUUAUAAAUGGAUAUAAGAUACGAUGUAAUAAUCACAAUGAAUUGUUAAGUUGUUUAAAAUUAGUCAACCAAAUGAUACAAAAAGCUGGUAGGUUGCGAGUUGGCAAGUUCAAGACGCAGGUAAUCAACUCCUGCAGAGCAGCAAUCAAGAAUAACAAUAUUCAAGCCUUGGUAAAGAUCAUAAAAGCUGGUUUUUCCUGAGUUUUAAUGACUGUACCUGUUUACAUCUUUCCAUACACUCACUGUACUGUGAUUUGCCUCCAAGAUUCCACAUUUUUUCAAUAUAUGUAUCUUUCUGAAAAUGUUUGAAGAAAAAAGAUUCUGGUUUUGCUAGCAUACAUUUUGUGCAUAUACCAUAGACGUUAUAUGGUG